UAAGUGUGCGGAGGGUGUUUUCCGAAUAUAUGCCGUUACAGCUAUCAUUCAGCCGUAAUAUGUUACAAUCUCCUCGCAUAUCCCGGUUUUUGAGCUGAAUAGCCCCGGUGGGCCGGCAUAUCGACAACUGUCAAGCAUCAAGCCUAAAUAGAUGAGACAAUGCGGAGGUAUCCCCUUUACAUAGAGGCGGUAAUCGAUUAAAAGGAAUCAAUUGGUACGUACAAAAUGUGAGGAUCUUUCUCCUAUAUUCUGUGCUGUUUUAGUCUUAGUCACAGACUCGAGAGGUACUGGAUAGCCUACACACUACGAGAUGUCUUUCAAACUUCUGUGCGUUGGCCUAGCAAGCUCGUUGCUAGCCGGAGUAGCUGUCGCCCAAAGCUCUGAGCAGCAUCCUCCUCUAAUAACUUGGAAAUGCACCACAUCAGGAGGCUGCGUUCAGCAGAAUACUUCUGUCGUGCUAGACAAGGAUUCUAAGUAUGCCCAAGGUUCUGCUGGCUCAAGAACAGCAGCUGACUAUGCUGCCAUGGGAGUUUCUACAUCGGAAGACGCUGUGACACUGUAUCACUAUGUCAAAUCGGGCGGCACGCUCAAUCCCGCGUCCCCGCGCAUAUACCUCCUAGACGCUGAGGGAAAAUACGUCAUGAUGAGCCUCCUCAACCAGGAGCUUUCCGUGGAUGUCGACUAUUCAGCCGUCCCCUGCGGAGAGAAUGGGGCCUUCUAUCUCUCGGAGAUGAAGGCCGACGGCGGUGGAUCAUCGGGCGGCGCGGCAUCUGGCCAGGGCUACUGCGACGCCCAAUGUCAGGGCUAUUGCUGCAACGAGAUGGAUAUCCUCGAAGCCAACGCGAAGGCUACGGCAAUGACGCCACACCCGUGCAGCGGCGACAACUGCGAUAAAUCCGGCUGCGGGUACAACCCAUACGCGAGCGGCCAGCGUAACCUCUGGGCAACUGGAGGGUCCGUCGACACGAGCAAGCCGUUCACAGCCGUGACGCAAUUCGUCGGCAGUGGCACGUUGACGCAAAUAACCCGCACCUACAUCCAGAACGGGAAGCAGGUCAACGGCGGUUCCAUCGGCAGCUGCAACAACGGGUUUGGCGGGCUUUCUGGUAUGGGCCAAGCUCUAGGACGAGGAAUGGUGUUGGCGAUGAGUAUCUGGAACGACGCUGCACAGCAGAUGUCUUGGCUCGACGCCGGCAACAAUGGACCCUGCAAUAUUCAAGAGAGUACUCCCUCCAACAUUCAGGCUCAGCAUCCUGACACGCAUGUCAUAUUUUCUAACAUUCGAUGGGGUGACAUCGGAUCUACUACCAAGGGUUAGAGCUAGGUAUUGGUUGGCUAUGGUUUCCCCUUCGUUAUGGGUGACAUUAUUGUUGGAUCUGCGACGAGUUAGUCAAAGCGGUCGUGUCAUAUUCGAUAUUGCAUUAUUAGUUGACGAGAGGAAGUCCUUUUGAUAUAUUCUUGUUUGUACAGAGAGUAUAUGUAGUGUAGACUUGUCACCACGUCAAACGCAGGAGGCGUAUUCGCGUUCGUACUCGAGAAAGGAGAUGAUUCUAACACUAACAUCAAACGUUUUCACCUAUAUUAAAGUAAAAUUACUUCUACGCGAGGUAGAAUCGCCAAGCCGUAUUCAUGAUUCACAUGUAUACCUAUUUUCCCAGGAUUAUCUGCUUGAUAGGCGGCUCUUGUAACAGUUGUUUCUUUUCAACUACAUUAUGAUGCAAUUAUAAGCGUAUUAGACAUGCUUCAAA